AUGUCGGGAAUCAAAGAGUUGCGUAAUAUCAAGAUUUUUGACAUUCUAUAUAUGCGCCUGAAAGCCGUGAUUACCAAAUCGGAAUUGCGAAAACUUUUUGCUGUGCUGACAAGUGAACAAAGUAACAGAAAUAUUAGUGAAAGUAAUAAUUUCAGGCAGACGAUCAGUGAGACAACCGGCUCGAGGACGAUGGACCAAGAUGUAGAGGAGCUUAGUAUAAAUUGCGAUUUGGCUUCACCGGAAAGUAAAUAUGUCUAUUUUAACGAAAAGAGGCACAAUCAUUCUAGAACAUUAAAUCAAGACGAAACGCCGGUUCAAGAUUGGAGAAUGAAAGAAAGACUCAAAACAGUAUCAGGAGCCUUGGUCCUGUGCCUAAACAUUGGUGUUGAUCCACCGGACGUCGUAAAACCGAAUCCCUGCGCUAAACUUGAGUGUUGGGUUGAUCCCUUUUCUGCCGCUCCAUCAAAAGCUCUGGAUGCCAUUGGAAAGAAUCUUCAAUCUCAAUAUGAACAACUCAGCAUCAGAACCCGUUACAAACAGUACCUGGACCCUUCAGUUGACGAAAUGAAAAAGUUUUGUAUGAACCUGAGAAAGGCUGCGAAGGAAGAGCGCGUCUUAUUUCAUUAUAACGGUCACGGUGUUCCAAAGCCAACAUCGAGUGGCGAAAUUUGGUGCUUCAACAAACACUUUACUCAAUAUAUUCCUGUGUCCUUGGGUGAUUUGCAGUCAUGGCUUGGUUCACCCUGCAUUUAUGUCUACGAUUGUUCUGCUGCUGGAAAUAUUUUAGAAAAUUUUAAACGAUUUACUGAACAACGAUAUCUGGAGGCGGUUCGUAUGGAUUCCAGCACCGUACCCAACAUUCCUUUAAAUAUUCAAUUGGCGGCGUGUGGACCCAAUGAAGCAUUACCCAUGCAUCCCGACCUACCAGCAGAUCUGUUCACAUCGUGUUUAACGUCACCAAUUGAAAUUGCACUGAGAUGGUUUGUUCUGCAAAAUCCGUUACCAUCUUAUCUUACUGUUAGCAUGGUAACGAAACUUCCGGGAAGAUUGCAAGAUCGUCGCACACCUUUGGGUGAAUUAAAUUGGAUUUUUACAGCAAUCACCGAUACCAUUGCAUGGAAUGUUCUCCCCCGCGAAUUGUUCAAGCAAUUGUUUCGGCAGGACCUUAUGGUGGCCGCAUUAUUUAGAAAUUUUCUGCUGGCAGAAAGAAUCAUGAGACGUUAUCAGUGCAACCCGAUGUCAUACCCACAAUUGCCGCCAACUCAUGAUCAUCCAAUGUGGGAUUCCUGGGACUUGGCCGUUGACAUGUGUUUGGCGCAGUUGCCGGCACUAUUAAGCGCUGAGAGUACGGGGGCAGAGGUUGAAUAUAAACAUUCGAGCUUUUUUGAUGAACAAUUAACUGCAUUUCAAGUAUGGUUAUCAAAAGGACCAGUGUCACAGAAACCACCUGAACAAUUACCCAUAGUAUUACAAGUGCUUCUUAGUCAAGUUCACAGGUCGAGAGCUUUAGGUUUAUUAAGCAAGUAUCUGGAUUUAGGACCCCGAGCGGUUAGUUUGGCAUUAUCGAUAGGCAUAUUCCCGUACGUUCUUAAAUUACUACAGAGCCCUGCUGCAGACCUGAAACCACCACUUGUGUUCAUAUGGGCCCGAAUUUUAGCGGUAGACAGAUCAUGCCAGCAGGAUCUACUAAGAGACGAAGGUUAUAUCUAUUUUGUGAACAUACUCUCGCCGAACACCACCCUUAAUAUUCCCAAUGAGUCAGAACAUCGAGCGAUGUGCACCUUCAUUCUGGCUAUACUCUGCACCAAUUAUAGCCAAGGACAACUGGCGUGUAAAAAAACGAAUGUAUUACAAGCGUGCCUAGCGCGCCUUGGAGAUGUAGACGCAUUAUUAAGACAAUGGGCAUGCCUAUGUAUAGGUCAAUACUGGAAGAAUCAGCCUGAUGCUAAGAGUGAAGGAAUCGAAAACCAAGCACACAUAAAACUUUUUGGACUUUUGAACGACCCCGUUCCAGAAGUGAGAGCAGCAGCUCUUUAUGCACUAGGCACUUUCAUCGGCGACCUGGAACGUACUGAACAAAUCGUCAACAUUGAACAUAACAUUGCCAUAAAUGCCCUCGAUGCUAACAAUGACGCAUCCCCCAUUGUAAGAAGAGAACUAGUGAUUGCACUUUCCUAUAUUGUGAACGCUUAUCCUGAACAUUUUACACGUGCGGCAUUUGAAGAACUACAAGAUAUUCAUCGACGUAUCGUUUCAUCUCGACAACGUCCUCGAGAGAAUCGCCUCACGGUAUACACAUGUGUUUGGAAAGCCUUGCUCAAUAUGUCAGCAGAUCCUGAUGCCGAAGUUGCACAACUUUCGACAACCGUGGUAGGAGCCAUAAAUGAUCUAUUGCUCGAUUCUUCGAAUGCGGAAAAUGUUGUGGUCACCUUAAGACAUGUACUCCAAGAACAAAACUCACAGGACACAGAAUCCUUCCGAACAUCUCUAAAUAGAUCCUCUCCAUCCGAGGGUGUAUUACCACUCAAAUCCAAAUUCUUUGAUUGGAGCUGUGAAUAUUUCCGCGAACCACAAAUGAGGCAAGCCGAAUCUGAACAAUUGGGUAGCAUCGAUAACAAUCAAAGAUUAUGGAGACGCAAAAGAAACGAGAGUAUUAUCAGAUCCACACAACCACUAAAGGAAGUCGCGGGUUCGAGUCGAUGGAACAAACAGGUGGUUCUUCUUAAUAACGAGACGGAACCGACGAAAUUAUUAUUCCACCAGUUUGAACCACAUCUUAUUGUUGCAAAUGACAAGGACAUUAUAAGCGUUUGGAAUUGGAGAGAAAAUCACCGUAUGCAUUCUUUUUCAAAUGGAAGUCCUUCGAGAAGCAGAGUGACCGCAUUAAAAUUCAUAAAUGAAGAUGAAAAUUCGUUGUUACUCACUGGCUCAGGUGACGGUGUCGUGCGUGUGUAUCGAAAUUACAGUUCACCUACGUCAUCAGAAAUAGUGACAUCAUGGCGUGCUAUGCCUGAUAUAUUACAGAAUAAUCCAAGGAGUGGUCUUGUCUUGGAAUGGCAACAAAAUCGGGGUACGCUGUUAGUUGGCGGUGAUGCUCGAGUGAUCAGAGUAUGGGACAUACCACGUGAGAUUACAGUGAGCAUUGUACCGGCAAGAUCAGGAAGCUCCAUAACUAGUAUUACAAGCGAAGAUAGUGAAAUUUUUGUCGCCGGAUUCGCCGAUGGAGCAAUACGCGCUUAUGAUAGGAGAAUUCAACCGCGAGAUGCGAUGAUAAUGACGAGUAAGGAACAUAAGAAUGCCAUAACGAAUGUGGUGUGGCAAAAAGGGUCGAAACAUGAGUUGGUAUCAGGAAGCAAAUCCGGUGAAAUUAAAUUAUGGGACAUUCGACAAAAUCGGUCCAAGUUCACCAUAAUUAACGAAGCAGCUGAAAUGAAUGCGAUGGAUGUACAUCAUAAUGCGGAUGUAGUUGCGGGUGUUUACUCCAACCAAUUAAUCAAAGUAUGGCACACGACAUCUGGCACGAACCUAUCGUCGAUUCGUUAUAACACUGGAUUCCUUGGAUGGGGAGCACAAGUCACUUCAAUAGCGCUGGCAGGUCAUCACAUGGUGAUGGCUGUUGGCGCAACCGACAAUUAUUUAUCACUAUAUGGAAUUUCUAAUUAA